AUAUUCAGCCUACUACAAGUAGGUGUGAAUCCAUUGACCUCAGUGAGGCUGCCCUUUUUCACGCUGGCUGAAAAGCUCUUCGGCUCGGUCCACACUUUCUUUGGAAAGUACCUCAAUGAAUACAAUGGCUCCUAUGUGCCUCCUGGCUGGAAAGAAUGGGUUGGAUUACUCAAAAACUCUCGAUUUUACAACUACACACUCUGCAGAAAUGGAGUGAAGGAAAAGCAUGGAUAUGACUACUCCAGGGAUUAUCUAACUGAUCUGAUUACCAAUGACAGUAUUACCUUCUUCAGAAUCUCAAAGAAGAUGUAUCCUCACAGGCCUGUGCUGAUGGUUAUAAGCCACGCUGCUCCUCACGGCCCUGAAGAUUCAGCUCCUCAGUACUCACAUCUCUUUCCUAAUGCCUCACAACACAUCACUCCUAGUUACAACUAUGCUCCAAACCCAGACAAGCACUGGAUAAUGAGGUAUACAGGUCCCAUGAAGCCUAUACACAUGGAGUUCACCAACAUGCUGCAGAGAAAGCGCCUUCAAACACUCAUGUCUGUGGAUGACUCUAUGGAGAUGAUUUACAAUACGUUGGUUGAAACAGGUGAACUGGACAAUACAUAUAUAAUAUACACAGCAGACCAUGGUUAUCAUAUUGGGCAGUUUGGGCUGGUGAAAGGAAAGUCCAUGCCAUAUGAAUUUGAUAUCAGAGUUCCUUUCUAUGUCCGAGGUCCAAAUGUGGAGGCUGGAUCCUUGAAUCCUCACAUUGUGUUGAAUAUUGAUCUUGCACCUACAAUUCUAGAUAUUGCUGGAUUGGAUAUUCCAUCUGAUAUGGAUGGUAAAUCCAUUCUAAAGCUUCUGGAUUCCGAGAGACCAGUGAAUAGGUUCCAUUUAAAGAAAAAGAUGAAGGUGUGGAGAGACUCCUUCCUGGUGGAAAGAGGUAAACUGCUGCAUAAGAGGGAGAAUGAGAAAGUAGAUGCCCAAGAAGAAAACUUUCUACCGAAGUACCAGCGUGUGAAAGACCUCUGUCAGCAGGCUGAAUAUCAAACAGCUUGUGAACAGCUUGGCCAGAAAUGGCAGUGUGUGGAAGAUGCCAGUGGAAAGCUCAAGCUACACAAGUGCAAGGGAAUGGCGAACUUGGCAGCUGCAGGCAAUGGCAAAGGCACCUCCAAUAUUUUGCCCAAGUAUUACAACAGGAAUAGUGAAGACUGCAAUUGUGAAGAGAAUGAAUACAAGCUGAGCCACGUCGGACGGAGAAAGAAACUCUUCUCCAAGAAAAAAUACAAACCAAGCUACGUCCGGAAUCGCUCCAUCCGUUCUGUGUCUGUGGAGCUGGAUGGAGCCAUUUAUAACCUGGGUCUGGAGGAUGGCUACCAACCUGUCUUACCAAGGAACAUCACCAAGCGGCACAAGCUGCAGCGGGCUGUUCUUCGGGAGGAGGAAGAUAAAGACCCGGGGGAGUACAGUGGCACGGGGGGCAUUGCGGAGUAUACGGCCCCCAACCUCAUAAAAGUGACUCACAGGUGCUACAUCCUGGAGAACGAUACGGUUCAGUGUGACACCGAUCUGUACAGGUCACUGCAAGCUUGGAAGGACCAUAAACUCCAUAUUGACCACGAGAUUGAAACUUUGCAAAAUAAAAUAAAAAACCUGAGGGAGGUGCGGGGUCACCUGAAGAAGAAGCGACCUGAAGAGUGCGACUGUAACAAACUAAGUUACCAUUCAAAGCACAAAAGCAAACUGAGGCACAAGGGAUCGAGUCUUCAUCCUUUCAAGAAAGCCCUACAGGAGAAGGACAGGCUGUGGCUGCUCAGAGAGCAACGGCGAAAGAAGAAACUGCGCAAACUGCUGAAGAGGAUAAAAAACAACGACACGUGCAGCAUGCCUGGGCUGACCUGCUUCACCCACGACAACCAGCACUGGCAAACUGCUCCCCUCUGGACACUGGGCCCUUUCUGUGCCUGUACUAGUGCCAACAACAACACCUACUGGUGCCUGAGGACAAUCAACGAGACCCACAACUUCCUGUUCUGUGAAUUUGCUACUGGAUUUUUGGAGUACUUUGAUCUCAACACGGAUCCGUAUCAGCUCAUUAAUGCCGUGAAUACGCUGGAUAGAGACGUUCUCAAUCAACUGCAUGUCCAGCUCAUGGAACUGAGGAGCUGCAAAGGGUAUAAACAGUGCAAUCCAAGAACUAGGAACAUGGAUCUGGGACUUAAAGAUGGAAGCUACGAGCAGUACAGGCAGUUUCAGCGUCGAAAGUGGCCAGAUGUGAGGAGACCAUCAUCUGCCAAGUCACUGGGACAGCUGUGGGAAGGCUGGGAGGGCUAACCUCCCCCGGCGCUGCACCUCCACGAGGACACGAACUGGCCAGAACUUGAAUCCAUGUACAGACAAAAUGCAAACGUGUGUGACUCCAGAAAGAAUGACCGUGUCGGCCUGGAGGACGGGAUAGACUCUGAGGCUGAAGUAGAUAGAAUGUUUGUCCUGGUGAGUGAAUUCAGUAGAUACAGUGAGAUGAC